AAAAUAUUCAGAAGUGCACUGAAGACGCUGGAGCAUCCGACUAUAAAUAAGACGCGACGGAAGCCUCUCUGUUGUCUCAGCUUCUGCAGAUCUAGAGAGAAAGACCAACAUGAAGCCUCUGCUCUCGGUGGCGCCGGUGCUCCUGGUGUUGCUGACGUGCCUGACGGCGCUUCCCGAGGCGCGUCCGGGCGGCGUCUGCUGCGGGGGCGGCGGCGGAGGCGGAGGCCGUGGCCGCGGCUACGGCAGAGGUUUCGGAGGCGGACGAGGCCUCGCCUUUAAGCUGGGCGGAAAGUUCUCCGUCAAAGGAUUCGGAGGAGGCGGCUCCGGGUACGGCGGAGGUGGAGGAAGUGGAGGAAGUGGAGGCUUCGGAGGUGGAGGAAGCGGAGGCUUUGGUGGAGGAGGUAGCGGAGGCUUUGGUGGAGGAGGAAGCGGAGGCUUUGGUGGAGGAGGAAGCGGAGGCUUUGGUGGAGGAGGAAGCGGAGGCUUUGGUGGAGGAGGAAGCGGAGGCGGAGGAUUUGGCGGUGGAGGCAACAGCUUGGGCGGAGGAGGUUUCGGCUCGAGCUUCAGCAGCAGCGGCAGCAGCGUCCUCGGCAGCGGGGCAAGCUACAGCGGCAGCAGCAGCGGCGCCUUCGGAACAGGGUCGGGCUUCAGCAGCAGUAGCAGCGGCUUCCUUACUGGAGGAGGAGGAGGCUUCGGCGGUGGUGGAUCAGGUGGAGGUGGAGGAUCCGGAGGCGGUGGUGGGGGCGUCUGCUGUGGCUCGGGUGGAGGCUACAACAAGGGCUGGUGAGGAGGCUGCCUUGGAGCCCUCCGGGUUGGAUCUCACGCCGUAGCUUCAAUAAAGAGUACUUGAUAA